CAGACAUAAUUCAUUUGGGUAGAAUGUUUAAAGAUCUGUUUCUUAGUUGUUAGAUCAUAUCGUAUCACACAAUUCAAUUCAAUUCUGUUGUAGAUCAUAUGGCAGAUGCUGUUGUUUCGUUUGUGAUUGAAAGGCUUGGAGACUUGGUGAUUUCUGAAGCUCAAUUCUUGGGUGGAGUUGAAGCCCAAGUGGGGAAUGCACAGAUUAAGCUUCAAUGUAUGAGUGCUUUCUUAAAAGAUGCUGACGCUUGGGUUAGAAAUGGUACCAAUGAGAGAGUUCGCCUUUUGGUUGUCCAAAUCAGAGAAAAUGCUUAUGCCUUGGAGGAUGUUAUUGAGACUUAUGUCCUCAAGGUGACUUUGAGGAGGAAUGAAGGUGUACUAAAAAGAUCUAUUAACAUCUUCAGAGAGGGAAUUGAUGUCCACAAAAUUGGAUCAGAGAUUGAGAGGAUCUCAUCCAACAUUGAUACUUGGACUUCACAGUUAGAUGCACUUGGAGUACACAGAUCGAUACACAAUGCAGCUGAAGCUUCUUCAAGCAGCUAUGUCCAACAGCAAAGACAGUUGAGGCAAGCUUAUUCUUAUGUCGAAGACAACCAUGUUGUCGGAUUUGGAAAAGAUAUUGAGGAGUUGGUUGCCCUUUUGACUGAAAAAGAGAACCCUCAUAAGCAUAAGGUGAUCUCUGUAUGUGGUAUGGGUGGUUUGGGCAAAACUACUCUUACAAGAAAGGUCUAUCAGCAUCCUCAUGUCAGGACUCACUUUGAUUCUUAUGCUUGGGCCUCAAUAUCUCAGCAAUGUAAUACACGCAAUGUCUUCGAAUCAAUUUACUUCGCUUUCACUUCUCCCACCAAAGAAAGAAGAGAAGAAAUCAAAAACUUAAGUGAUGUUGAAUUAGCAAGGGAGCUUUACAACUUUCAGAAACAGAAAAAAUGUUUGGUGGUUCUUGAUGAUAUAUGGACCACAACAACAUGGGAUCUUCUAAAACAUGCAUUCCCUACUAAUAUUCAGGGAGACACAUUACAUAGCAAGAUCUUACUCACUACUCGGAAUAAGGUUGUAGGUUUGCAUGCCGAUCCACAUGGUUUCAUCCAUGAACCUCAUUUGCUCAAUGACAAGGAGAGUUGGGAGCUAUUUCAGAAUAAGUGCUAUUCUAUUGGAACAGAUCCAUCAGAUUCAAAUGAUGAUGAAGAAAGGAAGAAAGAAUUAGCAGUAGAGAUGCUUAAAAAGUGCUCUGGUCUGCCAUUAGCCAUCAUUGUGCUCGCUGGUCUUCUAUCUAAGAAACACACCAUACGUGACUGGGAGUUGAUGAAAGCAAAUGUAAUUCUCUGCAUAGGUCAAGGUUAUCAACAACAUGAUGUUGACUCAAAUUACCAUGGUGUUUCUGGGGUGUUAGGUUUGAGUUACAGCGAGUUACCAUCUCAUUUGAAGCCCUGUUUUCUGUACUUGGCUUGUUACGCUGAAGAUGUCCCGAUAAGAACAAAAGAGUUAUGUCAUAUACUCAUAGCAGAAGGUUUAAUAUCACGAAGAAGAGGCUCUGUGGGAACUUGGGAGGAAGUGGCAUAUGAUUGGUUGUGUGAGUUGGUAGAGAGGAGUAUGAUUCAGGUGAAAGAAAUGAGUUCAACAAAAGAAAGGAUAAAAUCAUUUUGCAUUCAUGAUCUCAUGCGAGACUUGUGUGUGUCUAAAGCUCAAGAAGAAAACUUUCUACAUUUUACUGAUUGGCAGAAUAAAGGGGAAGAGCCAAUAGAAACAAAGGUACUAAGAGUUUCCAUCUGUGCUAAUGAAAGUACUAAUGCUAAUGAUUUUAUUCAUAUGGUUGGAAACAUAGAUGGCUCUCUCAGGUGCCUUGCUGUAGAUGGUGGAAGAAUUGAAUAUAGGAAAAGAGUAUUGAGACAUGUAUGCAAUCACUUUUUGAAGCUUAGAGUUUUGAUUAUUGGUGAUAAACAUGUGAAUUUCAGAUCUACUUUGAAGUUACCUAAAGAAAUCGGGAAUCUAAUCCAUCUAAGGUUAUUAAGUAUUCCUUAUUGGGAAAUCAAAAAGAUUCCAUCUUCUUUUGGUAAUUUAAGAUGCCUCCAGACUUUGAGAGUAAGAACCAAGAAUGAUAAAAUACCAAGUUCCAUGUGCAAGUUGGAGCAACUGAGGCAUCUAUGUUUUAUCACUCCAACUGAUAGGGGCGUGAAAUUUGGUAAUUUCUUGAGGUCAACUAAGCCUAGAAAUUUACAAACAUUGGUAGGUAUUGGUAGCAAGGAUCUUCUACUGAGUGAUCUUCUACAGUUGGAGAGUCUCAAGAAAUUAGGAAUUUAUGAGGACGGAAAUUUUAAGACAUUCUUGCACAAUCCCCAAUCUCUCACAUUCACUCAUCUGUUUUCGUUACAAGUGACGAAUUAUAAUUAUGGCACCAAGAUAGAUAUUGUUCCUUUGAUAUUAAGCAGUCCUCACAUUUAUAAGCUUAGAGUAGAAUUGUCUAUAGUAAGAUUACCACAAGUCAACCAAUUCUCCCCAAAUCUUAUGAAGUUAAAUUUGAUGUUUCUCGAACUUGAAGAUGAUCCAAUGCCAACAUUAGAAAAACUACCAAAAUUAAGAGUCCUUAAAAUUGAUGAGUGUAGCUAUAUGGGGGAGGAGAUGGUGUGCUCAAGAGGAGGUUUCCCUCGACUUGAAUCUCUUUGGUUUGUUGGUCUGAACAACUUGAAAGAGUGGAAAAUGGAGGAAAGUGCAUUGCCUACACUUGGCUAUUUGCGUAUUCAUAGAUGCAGGGGAUUGAGGAGAGUCCCAGAUGGACUAAAAAGCAUCGACACACUCAAUGAGAUGGAGAUUGGUUAUAUGCCUAAGAAAUUCAAAGAAAGGAUUGAGGAAGGAGGAGAAGAUUUCCACAAAGUUAACCACGUGCCAUCACGUGUAUUCGUCCAUUGUGAUGAAGUUGAGUUACUGAGCAAGAUAAAGUGUUAUGCCUUCCAUUCCAUUCCAUUGCAGAAUGGUGAGAAAUUUGGUUUGCAGCCACUGAACUCCUCAGUUGAAUCAACUAAACACAACCCGAUUUGGCAUUUACAAGAUUAA